UGCUCCUUUUAGCGAUCUUUACCAAUCACUAAAGUCAUGCUGCUACCUCUCCUCUGCAAAAGACUUCUCCCCACGGCCAGAGCUCCACUAAUAGCAUACAGAGCCAUGAGUAUCAAGCAGCUACCGAGUGGAGCCUACCCCACAAUGAUCACCCCCUUCUUGGAUGAUGAAAAAAAGUCUGUAGAUUGGGACACUUUGGACAUCCUGACUGAGUGGUACAUACGGUCUGGAGUCGGUGGUAUCUUCUCCGUCUGUCUCUCCAGUGAAAUGUUCCAACUAAGUAAUGAAGAACGUGUAGCAAUAGCUAAGCGAGUGGCUGAGAAGGCUGCUGGGCGUGUCCCUGUGGUGGCCGGGGCAACCUUUGAGGGUGGGCUGGAGGAACAAGCUCGACUGAUGAAUGAGAUGGGGAAAUUCGUCGAUGUCGUGGUCAUAAUCACUAAUCAGAUUGCUCGAAUGGAUGAGAGUGAUGAAGUGUGGCUAGGAAACUGCAAGAAGCUGAUGGAGGUGACUGGAGACCUCCCACUGGGACUGUACGAGACACCAGUACCCCAAGCAAGGUGGCUUACUCUGGAGAUGAUUCGCUGGGUUGCAGGCACUGGGAGGUUUGUGUUCCACAAAGACACCUCUCUCCAAGUGGAUACUAUGCUCUCGAAACUCAGAGCUGCCCAGUCUGUGCCUAACACACCACUCAAGUUUUUCACUGCCAAGGCCCAGUUUAUCAGUACAUGUGUAGACAAUGGAGGAGGCGGGUUUAGUGGUGUGACGGCCAAUUUCUACCCGUGGGUGGUGAGUUGGUUGUCUGGUCAGACGGAGGGGGAGAAGAGAGACAAAGUGCAGCAGCAGGUGUCCAUCACAGACAGAGUCAUUGCUCACAAGUAUCCAAUGUCAUCCAAAGUUUACCUGUCAACACUCUACAAUGUCCCCAUCAAGACAGUCUGCAGGAUAAACGAUGCUGUAUUGACUGAUCAAGAUAUGCUCUCCUUGAAGCACAUGAAGGACUCGAUGGACAAGCUGUGUAGUGAGAUUGGAAUCACACCAGUGCCUCCCAUGAACACAUAGUUACAUUUUGUUUCUCUUUUUUGUUGUUAUCUCCCAUGUGAAACGAUACAGGUUUAUUUUUAGUGGGAAAAUUGAGUGAGAAAAUUGACAA